GGAAGCCGGAUCCAAUACGUCAUAGGCCACGCCCACUGGAUACAAACGCAGCGCGGGAGUCAGAUGAGGUCAGGAACACAUGGCCGUCCCGUUGCUAGAACACGGCAGCGCCAAACAUUUCACUGACGACUGCUUCCUCAACUUGGGCCAAUACAGAGCUGGACUUGCUCAACGUCUGAAAAUCAAGUCUGGAUCAGUACCAACUCUCCUCGGCUCAGCUACAAACCUCGACAAAGCCAGCUCAUCAAGUGCUUCCAUUCAGCAGCUUCUCUCAAGGGAUGUCGCCUGCCAGACAUAACACCUGGAAACGCAUACUUGUAGGCACACAGCUAUCCUUAAAGUCUUUGCAGCCCCAUUUUAAAAGUGAAGAAGACUUCGAUGCCUUUGGAGACCGUAGCACGCAGCGUGGCGCCACCUCAGAGAGUCUGGGUGUGGAUGCCCCUGGCUCCUCCCACAUGUCCAGUCACAGCGGGGAGCUGAAGAUUCUGAGCGUCUACGGUAAAGGGGAGGGCCCUUUGGCGACGGACGGCCAUGACAACCUCUUCACCGCGUCAGAAGUGGAGCCCCUGAACUCGCUGUCUGCGGACCACAGCGCGGCCAAGAGCCUGGAGCGCGGCGAGCGGCUGGUCUGCCGCGAGGAGCUGAGUGUGCAGCAGACCCCAGACACCAUUUCAAUCAAGGUUGAAGAGGAUAUUGGUGGAGGCAUGCCUGCUGUAGAAGACUGUGAUGCCUUUGGAGACUGUAGCACGCAGCGCGGCGCCACCUCGGAGAGUCUGGGUGUGGACGCCCCUGGCUCCUCCCACAUGUCCAGUCACAGCGGGGUGUUGCGGAUCCUGAGCGUCUACGGUAAAGGGGAGGGCCCACUGGCGGUGGACAGCCAUAUCACCCUCUUCACCUCGUCAGAAGUGGAGCCCCUGAACUCGCUGUCUGCGGACCACAGCGCGGCCAAGAGCCUGGAGCGCGGCGAGUGGCUGGUCCGCCACGAGGAGCUGAGUGUGCAGAUACCAUCAACUAACACCACUAAGACAGCGAAAAAAAGAGGAAAGACACUUGUUGAAAGGACAGCUACUAAAAGGGAGGCGGAGAGAGCUCGAAAUAAAACCAGAGUAAACAUCGGCGUGGCUUAUGAGCGAUGGAGAGAGUUACGUGACCUGAGAAACUUAAAAUCGGACGCUGAGAUGGCUACAUUUCUUAUAGACAGUUAUGAGAACCUCACAUCCCCUACUUCAUCCACACCAUGCAAGCGCAGGAGAAACCUGCCUCUUCCCCAAGCUUCAAGCAUUCAUUCAGAGACACUCUUAGACAGAGCCGAUGACUUCUUGGAUGCUGAAGAUGUAGAGGACACCAAUCCUGCCACUACCUUUCAAAGUAUGGCUACAAGUAUUUCUCCACAGGUAAAUGACAUUGAAGUCAUAACUGAAGAAGAAUUUAAUGACAUCCGGAACUCUACAAUUGGCUGGGCCGAUAACACCUGGGAAGAUGACAGUGGAGAAGAUGACAGUUGGUACCCAGAAAUGGAGAUGGACAAUGGGUCAUCUUCAGAGGAGGAAGAAAUGAUGGGGGAAGACUGUGAAUGCAGUGAUGACAGUGACAUCGAUUACGUGCCUUAUCUCUGUGUGCGGACUGGUGGAGCUCUCCAAAAGAGCAAAUGGCUGGACACAUUACCAGCUGUUGGUCUGGAGGAGACUGUUCAUGACCUUGAUGAUGGACACAAUUCCUCAGAAGUGAUACCACCGCUACCAGAGAAGACCCAAGUCCUCUGCAAGGAAGAUAUAAUUGGACAACCAGCUUCCAUUGUCUACCAUAGCUGUCUUAAACAGCUGGCUCAGUAUCUUGUCUUACCAAUCCCCAAGUGCAACACAAAGGACCCAGUAACUGAUGCUGAAUGUGGAGCACUUAGACCAUUUGAGGUGAAAAUAACUUCCAGGGGCACAUCAGUUGUCGUGGAAUGGAUAUGUCAUCAGGGUCACAGUGUCUGGAGGUGGAACUCCCAGCCCACUCUAAAAUAUGGGAUGCAUGCAGGUGACUUCAUGUUGUCCUCGAACAUCCUACUCUCUGGGAACAACUACGGGAAGGUGGCUCUGCUGUUCAAAUUCAUGAACUUGGGAAUAGUACACAGAACCACAUUCUUUAAAAUCCAGGACGCCUACUGCUUUGACGCCAUCGAGGACGACUGGGAUGACAAGAGGUCAGCCAUUAUUACCCGGCUGAAAUCAAAGGACAGUGUAGUGGCCCUUGGUGACGGUCGUAUGGAUAGUCCUGGGUUUUCAGCACAGUACUGUACAUACACAACGAUGGACAACGACAGUAAAGAGAUCAUAUCAAUUGUCAAUAUUGAUAAGAGGGAGACCCAGAAGAAUUCGGUUAUCAUGGAGAAGGAGGCUUUCAUCCGGACCUUUGAGACUCUCCACAAAGAGAUUCGCCUACAGGAGUUUUGCACUGAUGCUCAUUCACAGAUCUCGGCGCUCUUCAAUCCAACAAAAGGCAGGUUCAAGGACUCUGGUGUUCGACACACCCUUGACAUCUGGCAUGGGUCAAAGAACUUGGGUAAAAAAAUCCAUGCAGCAGGCCUUCGGAAAGGAUGUUCAAUUCUCCUUACCUGGAGUAAGGAGAUAUGCAACCAUUUCUGGUAUUGCUGUAAGACUGCACAGAACAUUGAUCAGUUCGGUGAUAUGUGGACAGGUCUUCUCCACCAUGUUCAAGGAGAGCAUGAGUGGGCCCUAUCUUGCUGUGAACAUGGCCCCUUGUCGGCCGACAGGGAGAAGGAGUGGAUCCAGAGUGAUUCUGAGGCCUUUCAGGUUCUGUCAGAAAUAGUGCUGGAUGAGCACUGGCUGAAGAAUGUGGAGAAGUUCCUGAGUUUCAGGUCAACCGCUGAGCUGGAAUCCUUCCAUAAUCAUAUACUGAUGUAUGCCAGCAAGCGAUUCAGCUUUAGCCCACCUGUUUACAAAGCAGGCACCCUCUUAGCAGCGUUGGACUAUAACCAUCAUGUUCACAGACCGGUGAAGAGGAAGGCUGAUGGCUCAAUAGAGUACUGCAAGCUCUACAAUAAAAAGUCAAAGACUUGGAGUCUAUACACUGUGAAGGUGGAGAAGGACUACGGAUACAUGGCAGACCUGCAGAGUGCUAUCCUAGAAGCCCGGCUGACAUCAGACAAGGGUUUGCCAAAGACCAGAAAAAAAGGCCUAAUGACCCACGGCAAUAUGGGGUUCUUGCAAGCAUCCCACCACCCAGGACCUGUUGCAAACCCAAUUCCACAGAGGAGUAGGGCAAGGAAUGCAGUAAGAGACCUAGAAGAGAUUGGAGGUCCCAUACCAACUAAACUGGAGCUGACUGUAGGCUGCUGGGGGCUGUUUGGAAUAGUAUUACGCUGCUCACUUUUUGAUUUUUGAUAUUUGUAAAUAUUCGAUUUAUUAGGUCUAAAUGUCCUUCACAGUUUUGAAUUAUUUACACUUUGUUCUUAUAAAAUAUAUUAAAAAAAAAAAAUAGGAUUUUGUAUAUAGUUUUUUAUGAUCAAUUUGUUUAUAAUUGACAUAUUUUCAAUGCAGUUGCACGAUUGUUCUGCUAAAAAGGCAUUUUGUUAUGUAGUGCUUUUAUACUUAUUUAGAAUUUGCACUUGUGCUGCAUGUAGUCAUCGAAGGCCAGGGUGUUCCUGUGUGUGUGAGUUAUUAUCUUAUUGUUUUAUUAUUUAAUAAAAAAGCUUUUUACCGCACCUGCCCUCAUCCUUUAUCCAGCAUUACACCUGCUGAAUGUGCAUUGUUAUUAUGAUAUGCUAUAGUUAUUGUCUGCUGUAACCGACAAUGAAAAGAUGGGUCAUAAUAACAGGAAACUGAACAUGUAUUUUUUAAACACUUUUUAAUGAUGCUUAAAGUCUCCUUGUGAGGAAGCCAACAUAUUGUCCAAGUGGGUCUGGGUACUUGUCCCGUAUCCUCCAGACACAACAACUAGGGAUGACGACCCUGUGUCCCCGAGCCAGUGCUCCGUAUUGCCAAACAACAAACUGCCUAUAGGCGGCAAACCUAAAUAGUUUGUUGUCCUCCCCUGGGUCUGGACGGUCAGCCACAGCACGGACAUCAUUCCAGAUCCUCCUGGCCAGCCGUAGAACCCCCCCCUGCAUUAUGUAUGCGUCCAUGUGAGGCAUCAUGGAGACACAGGAGUCCAGGAGUUGUCCACAGCAUUUCCUCUCUAUA